AAUAAGACACACUCUUCUUUCCAAGGGGGUCACCCUAGAGCACAGAAAAGAACUGUUUAGCUUGGAAGAACAAUACACUAGGCUUUUGGGUUCUGCAAAGAGAUCUUCUCUUUUCCUUUCUGGCUUAAAGUAGAGCUUUCUCCCCCUCCAAGGUUCCCAAAAUGAUAGUAUUUUCUGCAAUCAGUGGUACCCUCUUGAUUUUCAUUUUCGGUGAAACAAGUGCAAUAGAGUUACCCAAUUCCACCGAUCUAUUCCUCUCAACCAAUAAUUACACUGAUGCUGAAGCCACCCUGAAAACUCACCUGGAUUCUGCAAACCUCCCCAAAACCAGGAGGAAACGAUACAUUUCGCAGAAUGACAUGAUUGCCAUUCUGGAUUAUCACAACCAAGUCAGAGGCAAAGUUUUCCCACCUGCAUCUAACAUGGAAUACAUGGUGUGGGAUGAAAAUCUAGCAAAGUCUGCAGAAGCAUGGGCUGCUACCUGUAUUUGGGACCAUGGUCCUUCUUAUUUAUUAAGAUUCCUGGGCCAAAAUCUCUCCGUACGGACUGGAAGGUACCGAUCCAUUCUCCAGCUGGUGAAGCCCUGGUAUGAUGAAGUGAAAGACUACGCCUUUCCUUAUCCUCAGGACUGCAAUCCAAGGUGCCCACUGAGAUGCUAUGGGCCCAUGUGCACACAUUAUACCCAGAUGGUUUGGGCCACUUCCAAUCGAAUAGGCUGCGCAAUCCACACAUGCCACAACAUGAAUGUCUGGGGCGCAGUUUGGCGACGAGCUGUUUAUUUGGUAUGCAACUAUGCCCCAAAGGGGAACUGGAUUGGAGAAGCACCAUAUAAAGUAGGAGUACCAUGUUCUGCUUGUCCUCCAAGUUAUGGAGGAUCUUGCACUAACAAUCUUUGUUUUCCAGGGGUGACAUCAAACUACUUAUAUUGGUUUAAGUAAAACGGUGCAACAUACUAAUAAAUG